CUGAUCAUUGGCACGUUCUAAGAAAUAUGGGACAGACAGGUUUUGGUGCAGCGCUUGAAUAACACUCCCUUUUUUUACCUUCCUCUUUAUAUAAAAAGGCGCUCUAUUAUAAGCAACGAGACAAAUAAGUAAACAUAUGCUCAUAGGCAAUAUAAUAACACACUGGUAGUUUUAAAAACAAAAUAUUGGAGCUGCCUGACCUCGAGGCGUUUGAAAGUAAAUAACGUUAUCGAAUCCUCACACAGAGAAGUGUGCAAAAUCAUACUACGGCAUACCUGAAUAAGGUGGAAGAUUAAACUGUGGAAGAUAGCGCCAUAUAGCAAAAGAUAUCAGGAAAAAUGUCACACAACAACUGGCUCUUGCUUGCUGUCGUCUGCUUCACUCUGAGUGCUGCAGCACAUGCAAAGCCGUCAUACCAGGAACAAUGGCGACUUCAAUACCAUUUCAGUCCCGAAAAGAAUUGGAUGAACGAUCCAAAUGGACUUCUAUACUACAGAGGAAAAUAUCACUUGUUUUAUCAAUACAAUCCUUUUGGUAUCCGCUGGGGUCACAUGAGCUGGGGUCAUGCUGUCAGCGAAGACCUUGUUCAUUGGGAACAUUGGCCAAUAGCCAUCCCCGAGACAGGUGACAUCAUGGCCUUCAGUGGGAGUGCCGUUGCUGACGUCCACAAUACAUCCGGGUUCUCUAGAAACGGUGCCGUGCCCUUGGUGGCUAUAUACACCGGAUAUAAUAGCUCGAAGGCCGCUAAUGAGAAACAGGACCAGCGCCUGUCCUAUAGUUUGGAUGGUGGGCGAAGCUGGACGAUGUACGCUGGAAAUCCCGUUCUACAGAUAGAAGAACACCACUUCCGAGAUCCGAAAGUGAUUUGGUAUGAGCCUUCACAAUCCUGGAUUAUGCUAGUUGCAAAAGCCAGAGACAAUAUUUUUCAGUUUUAUUCUUCUCCAAAUCUAAAAGAUUGGACGUAUAUGAGCGACCUUGGCCCGAACGGAACAAUACCGACAGGUGAAUGGGAGUGUCCAGAUCUCUUCCCUUUAAACGUCACAGGAGAGACGGGUGUGCAAAAAUGGGUGUUACCUAUAUCAGUGGGCAAAGACUCCGUUCCGCGCAGAGGAGUAAUGUAUUUCAUAGGUUCCUUCAAUGGAACUCACUUCACGCCCGACGAACCUGUUGCUAAAUAUUUGGACUUUGGAGAAGAUUUUUAUGCCGCAAAUUCGUGGAAUAACUUUGUCGAUGGCAGACGCUUGUGGAUGGGUUGGAUGUGUUCGUGGAGAUACUGCCAGGAUAUAGAAACAAACCCGUGGCGAGGAGCCCAGACCAUGGUGCGUGUUCUUUCGUUGGAGAGAGAGAACGGCGGCGACAUUGUACUCCUUCAGAAACCCAUCAAAGAAAUGGGAAAAUUGAGGACCGGCGUAGAGUGGAAAUAUAGAAAUACCGAUAUUACCACCGUGAAGCAAAAAUUGACCACUGAUAAAGUCCAUGGACGGUUAUUGGAGGUGAAAGCAGAAUUCAAACCGAAAGCCGGGACAGAAAAAGUAGGGUUUAGCAUCCUUCAAGGCCCAAUUGAGGAAACGCUCGUGGGCUACAACCACGUGAACAAAACCGUCUACGUCGAUAGGAGUCGCUCUGGUUUUAUAGACCCCAGGAUGGGUACGAUAGAUGUCGCUAAAGUUUACCUUCAAGGCGGCAUUUUGAACCUUCACUUUUUCGUUGACUGGUCAUCAGUGGAGGUAUUUGCGAAUGGUGGUCGUCAGGUGAUCACAAAUCGAGUUUUUCCGAAUAAAACCGACGACGGCUUUGGUGCUUACGUCAUAGGGAGCGAUAUUGAAGUGGUCAAUUUGGAGAUAUAUGAAUUGAAGACCACAUGGCAGAAUUAUUGGACCACGCCUUCUCCUACCACUACGAGUGGCGCUGCGGCUUUGUUUUUAGUCACAUCUGGACACUCUGUUGUGUUUUUAUGUUCAGUAGUUAUUACGGUGUUUCAGUAUUUAAUUGCUUAGGGAUUGUUUGAUAGUGUUGGUGUCUAUCUGCAUUAGUCGAGUUGCCACUCACACGGGU